CACAAUGAAGGCCUUCACUCCCAUCGUCGUCGCUGCUCUCUUCGCAGCCGCCAACGCUGCCACUGUCAAGCUCGAGACUACCAAGUGCGGUGAUAUCAAGACUGAGUCCUUCGACGUAACCCUCGACACUGUAGUCGCCAAAGAGCUCAAAUCCGUUUGCGGUCUUCAAAUCGUCUCCGCCGAAGGCGCCUACGACGCUACCAUCGAAUGCGAAGCCUUCAAAGACGCCGCGGGCAAAGAGUCCGGCUCCGCGAAAUUCAAAAAGGGCACUCCCGCCCUCAUCUCUACCAACCCCGUCCAGAUCAACUCCGUCCAAUGCAAAGUCUUUGGCUUCGCUGGAGCUUCAGGAACGGGCGCUGCUGGCCCUAGCUCUACCGGCGCUGCUGGGGCUCCUGGUUCCACGGGUACUCCUGGAUCCACCGGUGCUCCUGGACAGGGUGGAGCUGGAGGAAGCGGUACCAACGGUACCAACCCUGCGCCGGGUUCGCCUACACCCGCUGCUAACCCCAACGGCGCCGAGAAGCUUGGUUUGAGCUUGGGUGCUGUUGCUGCUGUUGUUGGUCUUGGUAUGGCUGCUUUGUAGGCCGACCUUGGCUUGGAUAGACGUUUGGAUUUGCUUUGAGUCUGUCUGUCUAGAAAACAUAAUGGUGGUAGUGGAGUGCAUUGGUUGAAAAGGUUGUAAAAUAUAGAAGUCUCCUUGCACUUGUUUCUUUUCUUCUUGUUGUUGGAUUAUAUCCUUCCUAUUUCUUUGCUUC